GUAUUGUUAAAAUGCAUCCAUUGUAUCAAUACAUGCAUUUAUAUUAUGAUGGUUCAUUACAAUACAACUAUUUAACAUUCGCAACUUCCAAACGACCCCUUACAUGUUUGAUUUGAGAAUGAAAUAAUCUGUUAGAAGAAUUCGUCUCUUUGAGUGAAUGAUUUAAGGCAUAGCCGAUAACAAUCAGUUGCAAGUGGCAGAAUCCUCCAUCCCGAAUAUAACUUUUGGUACUCGAUAUGGACACUAUGAGUUCCUGGUAAUGCCUUUCGGGUUGACCAAUGCACCGACAGCUUUUAUGGCACUGAUGAACAGCAUCUUCCAUGAGUAUUUGGACAAGUUUGUCAUCGUGUUCAUUGAUGAUAUCCUCAUUUACUCAAAGAGCCACGAUGAGCAUAAGGAGCACUUGAGAAUCACAUUGCAGAAGUUAAGGGAUGAGAAGUUGUAUGUAAAGUUCCCAGAAUGUGAAUUUUGGCUAAGUGAAGUGUUGUUUUUGGGCCAUGUGGUUUCCGAGAAGGGAGUGGAAGUAGACCCUAAUAAAAUAGAGACAGUGGUGAACUGGGCAUCUCCCGAGAACGUCUCGGAAUUAAGAAGCUUUCUAGGCAUGGCUGGGUACUACAAAAGGUUUGUGGAGGGCUUCUUCAGCAUCGCUAGACCUUUAACCAAGUUACUGCCCAAGGGAGUGACUUAUACAUGGAGUAAGAAGUGCCAAGAGCGUUCGAGGAGUUUAAGAGGAAGCUUACUACUGCACCAGUACUGGCAUUAGCAUCAAGUGAGGGAGAAUAUGCCAUACAUAGUGACGCUUCAUACAAAGGGUUGAGAUGUGUUCUUAUGUAGAACAACAAGGAAAAGAUGUAAAUAAAAGUAAAAAUAGGAAUUUAAUUAAUUUUUUUAUAACAAUACAAACACUCUCAUCACUUAUUAACAUACUCUUCUCUUAAUUGCACCAUUAGAUCUAGAAGGAUAGUGUACUAAUUCAUUGGUCAAAUUACUAAGCACCCUUAGUCGUAGGAUUUUCACACCAAUAAAAAGUAGGGAAAUUAACUUCAAAGGAUUAGCCUUGAAGUUAAGGUAGUUAAGAUGCUUGUGGAGAGUUUUGUUGUUUUUAUGACUAUGCUCGAUUCAAAUUUGAUUAAAUUAGAAUAAAAAUG